CUCUUCCACUCCUGCAAUAUCCAACCCCGUUGCGCCGUCAAUUCCUGACCCUGCUGGAACCAUGGCGACCUUUUCUGUACGCGCUUUCAUUCCACCACUAAGGCGGCGGUGUCUACCCCUCCAGGCGACGCGGCGAUAUGCCGUACAAGCUCCCGGCGCCCCCAUGAUGGAGAUAUUUAGCGGCCAGCAGAAAUGGCUGCAGAAAGAGCGGGCAGCAGCAGACAGAGAAACAAGCAGAAGCGUGGACUAUCUAAGAGACGAAGUAGCCUCGAGGUUGUGUGAGCGAGUCCUGGACAUAAACCGCCACUUCCCUAAAGUCCUCGAUCUCGGCGCCAACGCAUGCAACCUAUCCCGCGCACUCACCUUGCCCUCCGAAGACGCCCCGGAUAAAGGCCCACGGUCAAAGCGAAUUGGAACAAUCACAGCGGCAGACUCCUCGGAAGCACUCUUGUAUCGCGACGCCGAUUUGCCCUUCAACAAAGAGAUUGAUAUUGUACGACAAGUUCUAUCGACAUCCGAACUGCUGCCAUACGAGGCCAACUCUUUCGACGCUGUCUUGAGCAGUCUGAGUCUGCACUGGAUCAAUGAUUUGCCUUCGGUGUUGGCGCAAGUGAACAACAUUUUAAAGCCGGAUUGCCCUUUCAUAGGGGUCAUGAUGGGAGGAGAUAGCCUUUAUGAGCUCCGUACAUCGUUGCAAUUAGCAGAGCUGGACCGAAGAGGCGGCGUCUCUACGCACACCUCGCCACUAGCCGAUGUCAAGGAUGUGGGCGGUCUACUACAGAAGGCUGGCUUCAACCUCCUCACUGUAGACGUCGACGACAUUGUAGUCGACUACCCCGAUACAUUUUCCUUGAUGAAGGAUCUACAAGCCAUGGGCGAGUCGAAUGCUGUACUCGCACGGGAGAAGGGCCCUAUACAGAGGGAUGUCUUACUGGCCGCUGAAGGUGUUUACAAGGAACUACAUGGUAACGAAGAUGGUACGCUUCCUGCGACCUUCAGGUUGAUCUACAUGAUCGGUUGGAAACCUAGCCCUAACCAGGCUAAGCCACUUGAGAGGGGAACUGGCAUGUUCAGUAUCAAGGACCACCUAGAGAAGAACACCAAAUCUGGUGAAGGGAAGGAGUAAGCAACAUAUGCGAAUGAAAAGCAGAACCUUGAAAGCAACCUACUGUGUUUGUUCACUUUGUGGUCCAUGAAACACCAUCAUUCAAGUCAAACUCAACGUCGACGAGCAACGCGACGAUGAAGUCUAAGAAGACUCAUGUACGAAGAAGCUCAUUCUUUCCAAGUUCCACCUCUAAGCACUACAACCUACCCGUAAGGCAUACACUAUGUCUUUUUUAUCAAAGUUGUGACCCAGAUAUUUACGUAUACCUAUCUCUAGGGAGGGUUUUGUAGUUUGGGGUAGAAUUUAAGAAACUGAAGUCCUUUGUAAAGUAC